AUGGACGUUGACGAGUUCGUCGACCACAAUGCCAAGCAAUUUGUCUCCCAGGAUGCUCCCAAGCGCAUAAAGCACAUUGCUUUCCAGCCAUUUGCGCCAAAGGACAUUGUCCGUGUAUCCGAGGUUGAGGUUACUAUUCCCGAGCUGUACAAGAACCACGAGGAUGGCUCGCGUACUACUGCUCCCCAUGGGCCCCUCGAUGCCCGUCUCGGUCCCAACGAGAAGGGUGGCAUCUGUACCACCUGUCACGAGGACCACACCCACUGUGUUGGCCACUACGGUUUCGUCAAGCUUGCGCUCCCCGUCUUCCACAUUGGUUACUUCCGUCCGACUAUCAACAUGCUCCAGUGUAUCUGCAAGACCUGUGCUCGUGUCCUGCUUCCCGCUGAGGAGCGUGGUAUCUACCUUAAGCGUUUCCGCCGCCCCAAGCUGGAAAUGCUUCAGCGCCAGGGCGCGUCCAAGGGUGUGCUCGCCUCGUGCAAAAAGAUCACUACCUGCCCGUACUGCUUUGCCUCCAACGGUAUCGUCAAGAAGUCGGGCACGCUCAAGAUCUCGCACGAGCCGUACCGUUCCAACAAGAACGCCGACGCAAAGCAGGAGUGGCUGUCCAACUUCAAGACGGUCAUCUCGGAGCAGGGCGCCAUGGCGACUCACCUCAACAAGUCCGUCGAGGACCUGAACCCUCUCAAGGUGUACGAGCUUUUCCGCCGCGUCACCGCCGAGGACUGUGAGCUCCUCUCCCUCCACCCCGAUAGCGGUCGCCCCGAAGACUACCUCUGGACGUACAUUUCAGUCCCUCCUCCUUGCAUCCGUCCCUCGGUGGCCUCCGAGGCUGGUAACAACGAAGACGACCUUACUGCCAAGCUCGUCGAGAUUGUCAACCAGAACCGCAUGCUUUUGUCGGUCAUGGAGAAGGGCCAGGGUCUGUCGCAGACCAUUGCCAACUGGGACGCUCUCAGCCAGAUGGUCGCGUUGUACAUCAAUUCGCAGACCCCCGGUAUCAACACUGCUGGCUCCAAGCCUAUCCGUGGCUUUGUCCAGCGUCUAAAGGGCAAGAACGGUCGUUUCCGUGGAAACCUUUCCGGAAAGCGUGUCGACUUUUCGGGCCGUACUGUUAUUGGUCCCGACCCCAACCUGCGCAUUGACGAGGUCGCUGUCCCCGAGAAGAUUGCCGUCAAGCUCUCGUACCCGGAGCGCGUCAACGACUACAACAUGGAGGCGAUGCGCAAGGCCGUUGUCAAUGGUGCCAGGCUGCACCCGGGAGCCAACAUUAUCGAGACUGGCCGCGGUCCUUACCCCCGUCGCUCGCUCCAGCCCAUCAAGGACAUGGAGCGCCGAAAGGAGAUGGCCCGUAACCUGCGCAUCGGUGACAUUGUCCACCGUCACGUCCGUGACGGCGACAUUGUACUCUUCAACCGUCAGCCUUCGCUCCACAAGAUUUCAAUCAUGUGUCACCGUGUCCGUGUUCGCCCUUGGCGUACUUUCCGUCUCAACGAGUGUGUGUGCAACCCUUACAACGCCGAUUUCGACGGUGACGAGAUGAACUUGCACGUCCCCCAGACCGAGGAGGCUCGUACCGAGGCCCUUACCCUCAUGUCGGUGAAGAAGAACCUAGUCACCCCCCGUAACGGAGAACCCAUUGUCGCCGCCAUUCAGGACUUUAUCACCGCGUCGUACCUCCUCUCGAGGCGAGAUCGCUUCCUGGAUCGCCAGCAGUUCACCCAGAUCUGCUCGUACUUUGGCGACGCCAACAUUGAGAUUGAACUCCCGCCCCCGACUAUUUGGCGUCCCGAGCGCCUCUGGACCGGAAAGCAGGUGUACAACUUGCUCAUGCGCCCGAACAAAAAGUCCAACGUCCUGGUCAACCUCGAGUCCAAGUGCCGUACUUUGGAAAAGCCCAAGGAGGAGGACAAGUUUAUUGUCGACAUGUCCCCCAACGACGGUUACCUCGUUAUCCACAACAGUGAGAUCAUGUGCGGUGUCUUUGACAAGAGCACUGUCGGAGACGGUAACAAGAAGUCGGUGUUUGGUGUUAUUCUUCGCGACUAUGGACCGAACGAGGCUGCCAAUGCCAUGACGAGGCUAGCCAAGCUCUCGGCCCGCUGGCUCGCCAACCAGGGUUUCUCGCUCGGUAUCAACGACGUUAUCCCUGGCCCCAUGCUCCAGGCCGACAAGAACAACCUGGUCGACACCGCCUACGAGACCUGUGACGAGCUCAUCCACCUCGCCAAGCGCGGAAAGCUCGUCAAUGACCCCGGGUCCAACCAGGAGCAGACCUUGGAGAACAAGAUUUCCGGUAUCCUCUCCAAGGUUCGUGAAAAGGUCGGUGAGGUGUGCAUGACAGAACUUAGCCGUCACAAUGCCCCUCUUAUCAUGGCCACCUGUGGUUCCAAGGGUUCCAAGAUCAACGUCGCCCAGAUGGUCGCCCUAGUCGGACAACAGAUUAUUGCUGGUAAACGUGUCGCCAAUGGUUUCCAGGACCGUUCGCUGCCCCACUUCCGUAAGAAGAGCAAGGACCCGCCCUCGAAGGGUUUCGUCCGCAACUCUUUCUUCACUGGUCUCACUCCUACCGAAUUCCUCUGUCACGCCAUUUCCGGUCGUGAAGGUCUCGUCGACACUGCAGUCAAGACUGCCGAGACUGGUUACAUGGCGCGUCGUCUCAUGAAGGCGCUCGAGGACCUGUCCACGCAGUACGACCUCAGUGUCCGCAACUCUGUCGGUGGUGUCGUGCAGUUCCGUUACGGUGACGACUCGCUCGACCCCGCCUGUUUGGAAGGUGACGCCACCCCCGUCGACUAUGUCCGUUCAUGGUCGCACGCCUGCAACACUGUCGGCAAGGGCGGUGUUGCCCUCUACCCGUACCAGAUUUCGCAGAUUGCGCUCCGCAUCUACCCCGAGUACCUGGAGACUCUGUGGGAGGAAGAGGAGGAAGAGCAGAUGCCCUUCAAGCGUGGCCAGCGCCAGCACGCACGCAGCAAGAGGGCCAAGCCUGAGAUCCCCGCCGUCCCCGCCGAGUGGCAGCAGGUCGAGACAAAGUACCGCGAGAACACUUUCCUGUUUGUUAUCAAUGGUAUUGUCAAGCCCAUGGCUGUUCAGCGUGCUGCUCGUGGCAUGCCCUCGGCCGACACUGCCGACGGUAUCGAAGAAUACGAGGAGCUCUUGCGAUCGGACGACUUUGCCGUCCAGCAGGUCCUCGACAACGCCCACAAGGUUACGGCCGAGCAGCUCGAGUCGUUCCUCGAAAACUGUCGUGUCCGCUACCUCCUUGCCACCAUUGAGCCCGGAUCCACUGUUGGUGCCGUUGGUGCGCAGUCGAUCGGUGAGCCCGGUACCCAGAUGACCCUCAAGACUUUCCAUUUCGCCGGUGUCGCGUCCAUGAACGUCACUCUCGGUGUCCCGCGUAUCAAGGAGAUUAUCAACGCUGCAAAGGUCAUCUCUACGCCUAUUAUCACUGCGGAACUGGAGCGCCCCAAGGACGAAAUGGUCGGCCGUAUCGUCAAGGGUCGUAUUGAGCGCACCACCCUCGGUGAGAUUGCGUCCAUCAUUGAAGAAGCCUGGACGGGCGGCGGCGCGUUCCUCGAGGUCCACCUCGACAUGAGGGCCAUUCAAAAGCUCCAGCUCGAGAUUACGCUUGACAGCGUCAAGGUCUCGCUCAUUCUCGCUCCCAAGCUCAAGAUCAAGGAGAGCGACGUGACCAUCAACUCGAAGAAGGGGCGUCUCAAGAUUUACGUCAACGACACGGGAGACAAGGACAAAUUUGACGGAGUCUACGAGCGCCUCAAGUACUUGAAGCGCCUGAUUCCCGAUGUCCAGGUCAAGGGACUUCCCGAGGUCAACCGUUGUGUUAUCGCCCACCCGGAGGGACGCAAUGACGAGCACACCGUUCUCGUCAACGGUUACGGUCUUACCCAGGUCAUGGGUACCGACGGUGUCAACGGCUACAAGACGACCACCAACCACGUCAUGGAGACGUGCAAGGUUCUCGGUAUCGAGGCCGCCCGCCAGACCAUUUACGACGAGAUUCAAAACACCAUGAUUUCGCACGGAAUGAACAUUGACCCGCGUCACGUCAUGCUUCUCGGAGACGUCAUGACGUACAAGGGUGAAGUGCUCGGUAUCACGCGUUUCGGUGUCCAGAAGAUGAAGGACUCGGUUCUCAUGUUGGCCUCGUUCGAAAAGACCACCGACCACCUGUUCGACGCGUCUCUCUUCUCCAAGGUCGACGAGAUCGAAGGUGUCUCCGAGUGUAUCAUCAUGGGUACCCCGGCCCCCGGAUGCGGUACCUCUGUCGCCUCGAUCGUCACUCCGGCACCCUUGCUCCCGCCCAAGAAGGCACUCCUCUUCGAGUCGGCAUACAAGCAGGGCAAGGAGCGUCGCGAAGCCGCAAUGGACCUCGACGAGUAG